AUGUACGCAUUGACACUAGCUGGCAUACCAAUCGCCAUAGGCGCAAACGAAGCCGUGCACCAACAACGGCUUCUAGACGAAGAAGCAGAGGCCGAAGAGCGCCAGGAAGAGUUUUAUCUCGACGUCUUUUGCGAUGCGAAGAGCAGAAAGAAAGAUGAGGUGCACGGUGCGAUUGUUGUCUUGAAAGACGGAAAGGUACUCCUCUGGCCCAAGGACCCAAAAACAGGUCUCCCAAAACCCGGCCCAAGCAAUGAACCAGCACCCCACCCAUUCACAGGAUUCUACCUACCCUUUCCCUCCUCUGAACUCCCGCACCGCCCCAUGCCCGCAGCCCCAGUCCUCGGUCUCGUCAGCACCGUGCCACCAUCUUCGCAUCCAUUCCCUUCAUCACCAGAAUCAUCAGCCCCGUCUACUCCGUCUCCCGCACCUAAAACCGCUCCAAGACCUGCGAAACCAAAACUAAACUGGGUUUAUGCGCACAAAAAGACACGCGAGUUGCGCUAUGGACCGCGAUCUGAAGCGAAGAAGCAUAAAAUCGGGCCGUGGGAUUGGACGGAAGAUGAACAGGGGCUGACCCUGGAUGAUGAGGAGUGUCUUGUUGCUGUGGAAGAGGAGAAGGGAGGGUAUGGAUGGGCCGUGUAUUGGGAUCGGGAAGAUGAUUGUUUGAAGGAGGUGGGGGUGGGGCAGGAGAAGAGGGUGCUGAGAUGUAGUUUGGAGAGGAGGCUUGUUGAAGAGAAGAGGAUUAAGGGGUUGGAUGAGGAUUGA